CAGUGUGUGAGAGCGAGCGAGAGCAUGCGAGUACUCUGAGUUUCUGAGUCCACCUGCGUAUCACAACAUCAUCACAACAGUAUCACUUCAGUUUCCACAGGACGACAGAGCAGAUUGCCAUCACAGCAUACAGAAACUAAAAGAGACUUAACAAGGGAACACAAGAAGGAGAAGAAAAGACUCUGACUUAAAGAGACAAAUCUAUAGAGCCUCUCUUUAUAAAAGGGGGGCACGUCGAGGGGACCGACACCAAAGAGUCUUGCGUGUGCAUUAAGUUUCCAAGAUUUGCUUUAUUUACUUGAUGCCUCAAAUGUCACCCACCCUCCAAAGUGUCGUGAUGAUCCUGGACUUCUGUCUGAUCCUGUGGUUGACAGGUCACGGAGUUGAAGCCGUGUUCUCGCAGCAGCCCCAAGACUUGGUGGUGGUUGCUGGACAGCCUGUCACCCUGCCAUGCUCCAUCCCCGGUUACCAUGGUGUUGUGCUGUGGAUCAAAGAUGGACUUGCUUUGGGCGUUGGAAGAGACCUUUCAGGUUACCCUCGAUACGCUGUGGUUGGGGAUCAUACUUCGGGCGAACACCACUUGCGAAUCCAGAGGGUGGAGCUGAUGGAUGAUGCUGUGUUCGAGUGUCAGGCCAUUCAGGCUGCCAUGAGGUCCCGUCCUGCCCGACUUACUGUGCUGGUUCCACCUGAUGACCCGGUUAUCAUCGGUGGGCCCGUGGUGAGCCUGAGAGCGGGUGAACCCCUAAAUCUGACCUGUCACGCAGACAACGCCAAACCUGCGGCUUCCAUCAUCUGGAUUCGAAAUGGGGAGGUGCUAAACGGAGCUACGUACUCAAAGACUCUUCUUCGAGAUGGAAGGAGAGAGAGUACGGUCAGCAUCCUCUACAUUUCAGCCUCCAACAUCGAGUCUGGUCAGAAGAUCAUCUGCCGGGCCUCCAACAAAGCAGUGCCCAACGGCAAAGAGACAAGUGUGACUAUCGACAUCCAACAUUUGCCAUUGGUUAACCUCUCUGUGGAGCCUCAGCCUGUUCUGGAGGGAAACCUGGUAAAGUUUCACUGCUCAGCUAAAGCCAAUCCACCGGUCACCCAAUACAGGUGGGCAAAAGGAGGAAGUGUUAUAAAGGAAGUGUCUGGAGACACCUAUGAGGUCAUCGUGGACCAUUCGUUCUUCACAGAGCCUGUGUCCUGUGAGGUCACCAACCCACUAGGGAGCACCAACAUCAGCCGCAAUGUGGACGUCUAUUUUGGUCCCCGGAUGGCUGCGGAGCCACAGUCUUUACAGGUUGACCUGGGAUCGGAUGCGGUGUUCAACUGUGCCUGGACAGGAAACCCAUCUUUAACUAUUGUAUGGAUGAAGAGGGGAUCCGGAGUGGUGCUAAGCAAUGAGAACAUCCUGACGCUGAGGGCCGUCCGGCAAGAGGAUGCCGGGAAGUAUGUCUGCCGUGCGGUAGUUCCUCGUGUCGGCGCUGCAGAGAAGGAAGUCUCUCUGAUGGUAAACGGACCUCCAACCAUCUCAAGUACGCAGACUCAUCAGGCUCCUCACGGGGAAAAGGGACAAAUCAAAUGUUUCAUCCGCAGCACGCCACCCCCGGACCGCAUUGCAUGGUCAUGGAAAGAAACAGUCUUAGAGUCUGGGACAUCAGGUCGCUACACGGUGGAGACGGUUAGCACAGAAGACGGAGUGAUGUCCACCCUUACCAUGAGCAACAUCGUACCCGCUGACUUUCAGACCAUCUACAACUGCACAGCCUGGAACAGCUUCGGAUCCGAUACAGAGAUCAUUCGACUCAAGGAACAAGGUGGGAUUCAAGACUCCCUCCCGGUUGCUGUGAUCAUCGGCGUGGCAGUCGGAGCUUUCGUCGCUUUCAUCGUCCUCAUGGGAACCAUCGGAGCGUUUUGCUGCACGCGCUCACAGAGAAAAGACGCUCACCUGGUUAUGCCUACACUGCCCACCUCCAUCUGUGCUCAGCAGAGAGAACUUGCAAGCAAACUUAAGACAGAAAACCUCAAAGGCGUUGUAUCAGCCAAGAAUGACAUUCGUGUGGAAAUCGUGCACAAGGAUCACAAUUCGGCCCGAGAAAAUGAGGAACAGUCCAGCAUGAAACAGCUCAUGAUUGAGCGGGGAGAGUUUCAACAGGAGUCAGUUCUGAAACAACUGGAGGUCCUUCAGGAAGAGGAGAAGGAGUAUCAGCACAUCAAGGAUCCCACUAAUGGAUACUACAGUGUCAACACCUUCAAAGAGCAUCAUGGUACCCCAACCAUCAAUCUGGCAGGAAACCAGACCACAGAGAUCCGCCGAGAUCCAGGCACAGCCACCACCGGCAAGCAGCGGGUUCCCACAGGAAUGUCCUUUACCAACAUCUACUCUACCUUGGGUGCUGGGCCCAACCGCCUUUACGACUACAGCCAGCGGUUCGUGUUGGGCAUGGGCAGCAGUUCCAUCGAGCUGUGCGAGCGAGAGUUCCAGCGGGGAUCGAUGAGCGACUCCAGCUCAUUCCUGGACACGCAGUGCGACAGCAGCGUGAGCAGUUACAGCAAGCAGGACGGCUACGUGCAGUUUGACAAGGACAGCAAGGCCUCUGCUUCGUCUUCAUCCCAUUACUCUCAAUCUUCAUCCCAGAACUCAGACCUCACGCGGCCGCUGCAGAAACGCAUGCAGACCCACGUCUGACCUGGGCUGCCUGGAGAUGGACAGAAGAAUAUCAGAGGAAUCCAGUGCUGGGUUUGGCCAAAAGGGAUUGAAACCCUCCGAGACACAAAUCAGGAACUAGUUCAAGCACAUCUAGCACACUAUAUUAUUUCCCCCUACUUUUUUGCUUAAUAUAUAAUUCAUAUUUGUCUAAAUGUUAUUUAACAGCUCUGAGAAGCCUUACCGUAUUUUUGAGCCUAUUGACUUUCCCAAUGCUCUAAACGUCUAGGCCAAAAAUUUCCGUGUGCCACAGUGAUGUUACUUGCCAACAUAGAAAGAAAAAAGGAUGUGAACUCAAUCAGUGUCCUUGCUCGUAGUUCCAAUGACUUGAAUCGGCUCCGGAUGAAUAAAAACGCAUAGCAACUGGGAUUGCGAAAAAUGCCAUAGUCGGAGUCUUUGAAGAGAGCUGAUGAAGGCUACAUGCACUCAUCUGCACUAGAGGACAAUGCUCUUGUGCUCCUGUACAUUUAAGCACAACUGUCAAAGUUGUAUGUACGAUUUCUCAAUGUCACUUCUUUAUCCACAGCUAGAUAAACAAAAGGAAACCAGAACAAAAGGACAACAAAAUAAAACUGACAAUGAACUAACUAACAACAGACAGAACUGGUGGAUUCUGGCACUUCUGACAAAGGUCAUUUUGACAAAAAUGUGAGAAUCGUACUUGAAUGAUCCUAAGCUGUUGGUUUAUGAUUCAAAGAUAAGAUAUAUUUGUGUUCUGUGAUAAUCUUUCCUUCUUUAUUUCUUCCUGAACAUUCUUAAUGUUCAACAUCUUAACCUUAUAGUUUGAAUUCAUUACCUGCUGGACUCGAAUUGGGGUUAUGGGAUCUUUUAUCUCCUUAAUUUUUGCCUUGAGUGCUCUGAGACUUUUCCCACUUUUUUAAAGCUAAAGUGUGUAAUUCAUGGAUCUCCAACCAUGCUCCAACACACCUGCCUGUUAAUUUUCAAGUAACCCUGAAGAACUUGAUUAGUUGGUUCAGUUGUGUUUGAUUGGGGUUGAAGAUCCUUGGUGUAUUUUGUUUUGCACCACUAGAGUCAUUCAGUAGAUUUGCAGAAAAAUAAACAGGUUUCGUGAAUUCCAUUGGCCAAAAAGAUAGACCCGCCUCAAGCCCAGGCCAUUGAUUGAGCCAGUGGUGCUGUGUCAGGAUGGUUCGGAUGUAAUGUGUACAGCAAUCUGUUGAUAGCACCACAGAGACACAGUCAAGUUGCAAAUGGCUUAUUUUUAAUGUUUUAACAUUACACACUUAAGCUUUAAAUGACAUUAUUUCUGACAGAAUUUGGUUUGGUGUGCAUAAUGCACUGGGGAACAACUAGUGGGAGCGCGAUGAUGUUCGGAUUUAAACAAAGAAACACUAUGUCCCGUCUAUGUGAAGUCAAAUUAUACUGCUUCAAAAUCAGCCUUUCAAUACAUAAAAUGCCAUUUAAACUUGUGCUAGAUAUAUUUUCGAAUUGCUUCUGUCUUGCAAGACACAAAUUUAGAUCUGACUAGAUGAUCUGUGUACUGUUCAUGUGGUUGACAUUGGACUGCAAUUCGUUGUGUUCUCUCACUGUUAUAAGUGAGCAGUUUGUGUACAUUUUUGAAUGGGGAAGGGGCAUUCAUGUUUAAUGUAAAUGGGUGUUGUUUUUUCUGUUUCUUUUGUUCAUUUUCUCAAUAUUUUCGUCUAAAGAACUGAAUUGCAAUCUACGACACUACUGAUGACUAGUGCACUUCUACACUUGUUAAGUAAAAUCGCUCUUACUUCCAAAUCAGUGUAAUGAAAUCAAGCUAGCAUUGCAUUAUAUGGGAUGUGCAGACACAAACACUCUAAUGAUAUUCGGUGAAGCUGUAACUUUGUUUUAAACACUGUGCUGUACUAGAAACAAUGAGAUCAAUUAUAAUGUGCGAUAAAGCUAACAAAACUGAUAAACCUCAGAUAGAAGCUCAAACAGGAAACCCUGUCUAUCUUUGAAUUACUACACAACUACACAUCUGAACUGACAGACUUCCUACAGACAGUUUUUAAUAUGUUGCAACAAUUGGAUGCAUCUUUCUAGGUUCUCAAAUAGAGUGCCGCAGGGAUGACGUAUUUUUCUAGGCAAAACCCGAAGGGUGUUUUUAGUUCCAACAUCCGGAAGUCAAUUUGUUUUUUUAAAUAUCUUGAAAAUAUCUUGGGCUUGUGUAAACCCAAGAUAUUUUCAGGUUUUAUUCCACAACAUAAAACACACAAGUAAUACGCUCAUGAAUUUUAAAGCUUUUAUGUUUUUUUAAAAGCGUGGUUGCUACAUAGGACUACAGACAUUAUCAGGCACUUUAAACAUUAUUACCCAUGAAGAUUUUAAAACCGCAAAAUGGGCACAAUUCCCAACAACGAUUCAUCAUCACAGAAUUUCCUUAACUGAGGAUGUGUUUUUAAAUGUUUUUAAUAAAGUUUUAAAGAGCUUGAUGGUGAUUAUAUUAAGGUCGAGGGGCCAUGGUAUAGUUUACUUGAAGCAUAAGGUUAUAUUAGCUUUACAUUUCUAGUAAACGCAUUUAGACACUGAAAUUCAUAAAAGUUGUGUCUUUGACUCUGACUUAAAUGCGGAAAUUAUUUUUUUUUGCGAUAAUCCGAAAGUAUAUGGGAAAAAUGAAUGGAAUUUUUGUCGAGGAAACCAGUGACCCGCUAACUUCCAGGUUGGCCUACAAAAAUACGUCAUCCCUGCUGCACACUAUUGUCAGUACUUAUUUGCAUAUCUAAGGGGCUGUUUACAUGACACUUAUCAACAAAAACUGAAAACUUUUUUUAUACGGUUGGGGCCUAAAAACGCAAACUUUUUAAAACAGAUUUUAAAGUGCAAGUUUUUGAAAACGAUACCAUUAUCAUCUUUGUGUAAACUACAGAAACACAAAUUUGUUAAACAGUGAUGUCACACGCAUUACAGGCAUGCAUAAUACAGCAUUUUUAGUUGUUUUUCACAUACUGAAGCAGUGUAAGCAGAGUUUUUCUUUUUGACAAUGUUAAAGCCGCCUUUCCACUGCACACAACGGCUGUGUCCGAAAACUUAGGCAGCUGACUUGUUGCCUCGCUGCCUCAUGAGGCAAUGACUUCGGAGGCAUGAAGGCAGCUAAGAGAAACGCUUUUGGACACACUUCAUAGGCAGCGUGUUUGAAAUAUAAACAGAGAGCACUAUUUCACAUAUUUGAAAACUACAAUACUAAUUUCUUGCUAAAAUGCAAUUAAAAGGUGUAAAAAGUGAAAAUAUACAUUUAUUUACACUAAAUUUGUGCGCCAACCGCUUUCUUGGCCACCAUUUUAUUUUUUUUAAACUCGCCCAGGCUUGACCAACCACAUUCCCCAUGCGCACAGAUUCAUAGAAUUGUGGGACAGGAUGAAGGAGGUAUCUCAGGAGACAGGAAGUAAACCUAGCAUUGUAUUCGAACAUACCAGAAGGCAGCAAUUUAGUUUUGGGACGCAGGCAACAUUCGGAAACGAUUGUCGGAGUUCGCCCCCUAGUGGCAGUCGUAAUGAUGUUUCAGUUUAAUGGUAACAUGGGAGAGAAGCUCAUUCCAGAGGCAUAAAACAAUAAACAGCUAUGCGACAUAGACUGACAAUAUGUUUUGGAGAGAAUAUAUGGAGACAAGAUUAAAAUAAAAACGUAAACAUAUUAAUAAUGUAUUACUUUUCAGUAAUCAACAGUUUUUUUAAGGAUUCAAGUGUUACUGAUAAAGUUAAACAAAAAGGAUUAAAUUAUUUUCACCUCGCACAGUGUUUUGAUUGUAAUACACUUAAAUACAUUACUUCCGGUCAGCGUAUCACAUGCGGUGUAGUCCCACAAGUUCAAAUUUUUUAAUGGAUCUAACUGUCAAAAUUUAUCCGAAAAUUAAGUAUUUUCACCUCACGCAGCCCCUUUGCGACUCUCCCUAGGGAAUGAAUGACUUCUGAUUUAUAGGCCGUCAUUUGUCGUAUGCAGUGGAAAGGUGGCAUAAGACUUCGGACACAAUUCCAGUAAUUUUGGUCCAUUUACCAAAUUUGCGCCAUUUGCAAUGGGCACAUAUAAUAUCUCAAAUCAUUCAACGUUUUUUGUUCUGCAAAAAAAAUAUUCAGCCAGACAAAAACUGCCUGAAGUCAUUCAGAAGGGAGAACAGCCAUUAUCCAUGGUAUUACAUUAAGUGGUUUAAUUGUAUGAAUUUGCCACUGACCUGUUAUGACAAGGUUCAGACUCAUCCCAGUAUGAGCGCCAACUGUACUUACAUCACAUGAUACUAACACUUAAUUUGCUGCCAAGGUCUGUCUGGGUAUUAAGCUCUGAAUCUACAUUUAGGUUACUAACCCACAUAUAUUCUCUCUCUAUGCUCCCAUAUGACCACACAUACAGAUUAAAUGUGAAAGAUAUAAGUGUGUUUUACUUAUCAAUGGUUAAGACACCCCACACAAGUAAUCUCCCAUUCUUCUAUGAUAAUAAAGAAGCUUUCCCUCAUAUAAAAAACGAUGUUCUGUGACGUCUCUCACUUUAAUUGCAAAGAUCUUUAAGUUUAAACCCAGAAGACGCAGUUUGAUUUGUACCAACGUGACAAUUCAUCCUAUCUGUCCUAGUACAAGAAUCACUGGGGGAGUGACGCUACCGAGUCAGUCGCUCCUGUAAGCACUUUACGUGUGAUUAUAUUUGUAGCAUUUCAAUGGGUUUCAUACAUGAGUGCUACUGGAUGAGUCUAAUUUUACAAAUGGAUUGGUGCCCAUUGUGGGGCUUAAGCUCGACAAGGCCUGUUUCAGCGCUGAUAAUGCAGCUCACGGUCGUUGCUACACUGUAUAUAAAUCUCGUAUGCUCUCCAUGUGUAAAAAUACAAUUAUUUUGCUUUGUUCUUUAGUCAAUUUAAGUCGUAAUGGGCAGGAAGCAUAUCUCACUAUUGAAACUACAAUCGAUUGCUCUUAAAUUUUUUCGUUGCUGUUGGGUGCAUGGCCAGUAAAGCUUAUUUUGGCUGUGGAAAUUGAGUGUACACAUAAAACUUACUGUGGUACUCUAUUCACUAGUACCGAAAAAACCAUCACAAAGAUUUUGGCAAUAUCAGUAACUUUCCAGAACUGGAAAUCACAAAAUUUUUAAUAUGCCAGGUUGUCAACACCCUUAGGAACUCUUCUAGGUUUGGAAGGUACUGAAAUCACUCCUGUCUGCCUUCAUACUGUUAAAAACCCAAAUCUUGAAUCGUUUCAAACACAAUUUCUUAAUAAUGUCAUAUGUUAAUGUCAAAUUAGUGGGAUAUGAACAGUAAAUAACAGUAACCUCUAAACAAUGACUUAUUUGAGGUGAGGGCGGCCCAGCUCCCCUUCUGCCGCUGCAGGAAGUUUCACUUUGCAAUCCUAACCGAGCCAUAUGGAUAUUUAUUCUUUGGCAUUAACAUAUGUGAUUUCAAACAACACCAUAUGGACUGGUUUAUUUAAGCUGAUACAAUCUUAAAACAUUUCAUGAGAACAUUGUACCUCCUUAAUACAAGUUGAGUCUUCUGUAGUUAACCAUGUGCUAGAAUCAACAUGGCGACAGUACGCAAAUAUUGGAUUAGAGGCUGUUGUUCUGUGUUUGGCUAGCACUCACAACUCUUUUGUAGGAUGUGUAUGCUCUUAUCAUCCAGCCCUGGUGAAUUUCAAUAGCUUUUGGACCACAAGUUCUCACCCGCCCCAGGCGCUGGAUGGUUUUACACUUACAACCAAACCAAACAGAUGAACAAAUACCACUCCAGAUGAUAGGCCAUGGUCAUUGCCAGCCACAUACAGCAGACCACAUUUAUGAGUAUUCAGUUCUCCCCUGACAUUUCAGCACAGCCUGGUGGGCUACUAGCUGAAGAGAUGCUGUGAAUUCCCUCUUUGAUGAUUCUGGUUUAUAUAGGCGUCUUUAUUCCCAGACUGAGAAACUGUCACAGUCUAGAUAGGUAUAUUACUGCGUAAAUAUUUCUGUACCCGGCGGACACACUGCAUCUGUGAUUUGUACAAAUUUAGCUCAAUUUCAAUCUAGAAAACAUACUGGGGAUCGUUUUAUCAUAUAUGUACAUUAUCGAGUGUUUCUUUCCAAAAUGUUGAAUCUUUUGUACAUGUCCCAAGCACUUUUUUACAUCAAAUUUGUAUUUAUUUAUAAUGGGUUGCCAUAAGACUAUAUUUUGUUCCUUUUGUCAUGCUACUGUUGUAACAGAGAGGGUGUGUACACAAAGGUAGAGUUACUCAAAUUAGACUGUAAUGUACCACGGUUAUACAGUAAAAAGGUUAACCACUAUUUUCUUGCAGUGACUCUCUCUAUCGGCAAAAGCAUUAAAAAGAUGUACUUUACCUGUAAUGGUCUGUGAUCUUAUGAUGCUUUGGCUCUGUAUAUUUCUGAAAGAAAAUUGAAAAUCGUUUCAAAAAUAA